CAGAUCAGAGCGACACAGAUAGAGAGAGUAACAGCAGGGGUGUAAUCAUAGUCUCCUGAUUUCUUUCCCUUUACUUUUCCUCUGGUAUUGAAUGAAUCACGUUUCGAGGAGGCUUUAUUCAUAGCUGUGCGUUGCGUUCUAUUCCUUAGAAAUCCCAGCAUUUUGCGUAAAUGUUUAAUUUGAGGGAAGUUAUUUCUCUUGGAUAGACAAAUAACAUCCUAAACUUUAGAAUGGCAUGGUUAUAGCAGAAAACUCACAUCGGUGAAACAGAGCAGAUAUUGCGAAGAAAAUAUCCGGAGGCAGGAGCGUUGCAUCCUUACCGUUUCCAGUGACGGUCUCUUCAUUUUGUCAUUAUCUGUAUGACUCUCUUGGAACUUAAGAUGACCACGGCAAUGGACACCAACAAUAAUACAGGGGGCGUCAUUUCAUACAUUGGCUCCUGCGGCGGCUCCCCGAACCGCAACAGCCCGGUGUCCAUGUACAGCGAGAACUCCAACAGCAGCCUGCAGUCGCUGUCCCAGCCCUGCUUUGGCUUCCCACCCUCCCCCAACGGCUCGCACGACUCCUCUCGCAUGUACACCAGCGGCAGCAGCUCCAGCUCCAGCUCCAGCUCAGGCUCCGGGGACGACGGGAACUCGUCCAGCUCUGGAGGCUCCCCCAGGGGCCGCGAGGAUGUUACCAUUGCCCGCUCUUCGCCCAGCAAGUCUGUGGCCAGCCUCACCAAGCUCAAUGGGAUGGUGCUCCUGUGUAAGGUGUGUGGUGAUGUCGCUUCGGGGUUCCACUAUGGUGUCCAUGCCUGUGAAGGCUGCAAGGGUUUCUUCAGACGCAGCAUCCAGCAGAACAUCCAGUACAAGAAGUGCCUUAAGAACGAGACCUGCACCAUCAUGCGCAUCAACCGCAACCGCUGCCAGCAGUGUCGCUUCAAGAAGUGUCUCUCUGUGGGGAUGUCUCGCGAUGCUGUCCGCUUUGGCCGCAUUCCCAAGCGUGAGAAACAGCGCAUGCUUGCCGAGAUGCAAAAUGCAAUGAACAACAUGGUAAACAACCAGCUGCAGAGCGAGUUCCAGCUGGCCAGCAUCACCUCCACUACCUCAUCCUCCACCUCUUCCUCCUCCCCCUGCCCGGGCCUGACGGUGGCAGCCAAGCCACAGCCCUCGACCAACCCUCAGGGCCCGUCUCACUCGCCCCCAGCCCCCACCCUGCCCUCCCCCUCGGGCCAGCCUCCCUCCCAGAGCCCCCCCAUGACCCAGGACUCCCUGUCCCCCAAGUGCGCCAGCCCGGGCGUGGACCUCACCAUCUCAGCCAUCACACGGGCGCACCGGGAGACCUUUGUCUACGGCCACGACAAGCUCAGCCCGCAGCAAAGCCCCGAGCUCGACAACUGGGGUAACAACCGCUGCACAACCGGCUACCACCUCAAUGGCCACAACACCAUCUAUCACCAUGACAACAACACUGCCCGGCAGCAGCAGAAUGGCUACAAGGCGGCGCCCGACAACAGUUGCUUCCUUCCAACAGUCACCUCGGCCGCAAACCAGCAGCAGCAACACGGGGCGCUUACGCAACCAAACAGCAGUCGUCGGGUCCACAACAGCAACCUCGUGGGGUCGCAUCUGGGACCACAGCUCACCAGCGCCCCCCAGGGGCAAAACUGCCCGUGGAAGAACCGCAAGAGUAUCCUACUGGCUUGUCCGAUGAACAUGCACCCUCAGACACAGCCCAACAAGUCUGCUCAGGAAAUCUGGGAAGACUUCUCCCUCAGCUUCACCCCUGCCGUGCGAGAGGUGGUGGAGUUCGCCAAACACAUUCCAGGGUUCGACACGCUGUCUCAGCACGAUCAGGUCACCCUCCUCAAAGCCGGCACCUUCGAGGUGCUCAUGGUGCGAUUUGCUUCCUUGUUCAACUUCAAAGAGCAGACGGUAACCUUUAUCUCUGGCACCACCUACAGCCUGGAUGCCCUGCGCUCUAUGGGCAUGGGUGACCUGCUGGGGGCCAUGUUUGACUUCAGCGAGAAGCUCUAUGCCCUGGAGCUCUCCCCAGAGGAGCUGGGGCUUUUCACCGCCGUGGUGCUCGUCUCAGCUGAUCGGUCUGGCAUUGAGAAUGUGAACGCCGUGGAGAUGCUUCAGGAGAGCCUCAUCCGGGCUCUCCGUACUCUGGUCAGCAGUGGUGCUCCAGGUGACCCGUCCCGCUUCACCAAACUGCUGCUGAAGCUGCCAGACCUGCGCACACUCAACAACAUGCACUCCGAGAAGCUGUUGUCCUUCCGCGUGGAUGCAUGAGGCCUCCAGAGACAGAUACAGGAGAGUGGUGCCAAGAGUACCCUCCUCUCCCCCAGACAUGGCUGCUGUCACCCAGGGACUCCCUCAGCUGUAUUGGGGGGUCCUUUGAAAAAGGUGCUAGACCACCACAGAUGGUCGACAGAGGUCGAGUGAAGCUUUUGGUGUGUGUGUGUGUGGGGGUGACAUCUCGCUUCCAAGCUGUCUCUCAAAGAACAAUACACAAUGCAGCUAGUCCUACGACAAACGACUUUCCAGCCGACCCUCAUACAGUAUCGGAAGGGAUAAUCAGUCCAACACAGUGACUGCAGAUGACUUGGUUAUCCUGAAUGAAAAAAGGCUUAUGCAUCCUCAUAUGAACUUCCAAAAUGACAGCCAAUUCCAAGUCAGCAAAGAGAUUUCACAUCAGCGGUCCAUUCCAAUGCACCUCACCCAUCUUAGGACAUUAUAGGACCUUGUCCUGUUGUAGGACAAGGUAAUGGGGAUGGUUUUAGUGAUUUUGUAAUGGGAUGAAUGUCCUUUCAAACAAGUUUUAGGAUACUGGACACUGAAAGCAUAAACACAAUCAAACAAUCAGAUAUCUGAGGCCAGCAGGACCCUCGUCUAAAGGGGUUCAACACAAAACCAGCUCUGAAAUCUAUGCUUUACCAGACCUAUAUGUUAAUGUGCAUCAUUUUAUUUGGUGAUCUGUUUUAUCAAUGAAGUAUAUACACAUUCAGAUUGGUGAAUGUAUAUAUACAUACACAUAGUACACUACAACUCUGACACUGUAAAAAAUGUACAUAUUGAAAUAAGUAUAUAUGUGUGUUUGUGUGUAUAUAUGUAUGCUUAUAUAUACACAUAUAUGAAUUUAAAUGUAUACCGAUAAAUACUUGAAGAUACUUAAAAACUGUAAUAUAUAUAUCUAUAUUUUUUUGUUAAGAUAAACUGCUAAAAGUGCAGAAUCUUUUGUGUGGGCACAAAUGUAUACGGUUCAAAAUGGAGUGCUUAUUACUGAAAAAUAUUCAAACAUGUAUUUCUAAUAUGUUCUAUAAUGUGUUCUAUGUCAUAAAGACAUUUAAAAGAAAA